GUGGAGCCAAUAUGGACACCUCAGCGGACCAGUUUCCAGAGGGGCGUGGACGGGUUUUGUCACCACUGCGACCCCUGUCUGCCACCAUGAACACAUUUCACCCUCGGAGGAGAGAACGAGGAUUACGAAGAUGCUGUCAUCUGCACCACCACUGAGUGGGGCCAAGUAAAUAUAUAUUUUUAACGCAAAUGUCAAGUAGUUCAGGCAUAUUUUGAUUGCCAUUCAAUUUGCUCUGCACAUGCUUCCAAAUGGCGUCUGAUUGCACUGAACAAUCAAUAUUGGAGUUCUUGAUGAAAAGCGGAGGGAGGGUCGAGCAUAUGGAGUUAAUUAAUCAUUUCGAAUUGAUUUGGAAAAAUGACUCGACGCAGACGAAGGAUCGGGAGACCCUUUCACGUCUUGUGGACGCCGUAGCAUUGGUGACAGUGGAGAACGGGGUGAAAUUCGUGUGCAUGAAGAUGGAUUGUCUGGACGCGGUGAGGCGCACCGAUGCGAAUGUCUAUGCUGUGGAGUGCAAUGGCAACGGCGUAAACACGCAUGACAGUUCGCUGUCAAGGACAUCUGCGCCAACUGUGGAUUUAAACGAGACCUCGGAUGACUGCUUUAAUGGUAACCCGAACGAUAAAGACCAAACAAGGGAGAAAUCACCGACUUCCCCUGUGCUCGUGGACAAUAACCCGAAACCUCACGUCAGCAGCUCUAGGGUCGCCAUAUCAAAAGAACCUGCCUCAUCGACUCAUGGCCAAGUGGCCACUGAUACAACGACCACCUUUGCAGGCACAGAGGUAAAAAUGAGAGAAAGGAGAAGGCGAGAGUCAGCACCAGCUAUAGGGAGUGAGCUGGACCACCCAGCACACCCAGUAGGACACCAUUGUCAGGUGAGAGGCGGACGUCGGAUCUCCAAGGGGUCCCAGCGGGCCAUGCUUACCAGCGGGCUUUCAGAAGACAGCCCCUGGGAGGGACUCGAUACGUUGGGAGAUAGCAGCACUCCCAAGGGGAGUCGCAGGAACUUUAUCGAGCUGAUGAUGAGCAGCUCCCCUCAGGUGCGGAGGUCCAUGAUCCACCGCAGCUCCUGCCUGCGGGACUCGGUGAAGGGCGACGGCGACACCGCCUCGCUGCUCUCCUCCUCGGCCACGGACGAGGACUGCUGCGCCUCCGUCACCCUGGACCCCCUGGAGCACGAGUGGAUGCUGUGCGCGUCCGACGGCCAGUGGGACAGCCUGCAGCCCCUGCUGGCCGUGGAGCCCGGCCUGCUCUCCAAGAGGGACUUCGUCACGGGGUUCACCUGCCUCCACUGGGCCGCCAAGCAGGGCAAGGUGGAGCUGCUGGGCCAGCUGCUGUCCUUCGCCCGCGACAGCGCCGUGCCGGUGGACGUGAACGGCAGGUCCGGCUCCGGCUACACGCCAAUGCAUUUGGCUGCAAUGCACUGCCACACUCAGGUUGUGCGAGCGCUCGUGUCAGACUGGGAGGCGGACACUGAGGUGCGGGACUACAGCGGCAAGCAGGCCAUCCAGUACCUGCCGCCCCCGUUGGCCGCGGACCUCCAUCACCAGGGGGUGGUGGCGGCCACCUCCCCGACCGGCGCUCCCCCCGGGACGGACGCAGAGAGCACGGACCGGGGCGGCGGGACGGGCCGCGGUUGGCGCCUAGCCAGGGCCCUCCAGUCGGGCAACCUAAACCCGCUGAGGCUCCUGAACCCGUCGGCCGAGGCGACGGAACCGGACGCCGGCGCGAGCUGCAAACCCAAGGCGGGCGCGCUGCAGAGGAAGUCCUCCCUGGGUCGGCUCAACGCCCGCCUGCACCGCGGGCGGCGCCGUGCCCAGAUCAUCCACAGCCCCUCGUUCAGGGAGAGCGGCGAGGUGAGGGGGGAUGAGCCCCUGUGCAGCCCUGUACGGACCCGACCGAUGUCCAGCCUGUUUGGGUGAGCAGGCCGGACGUCCCGCAGCGCAGGUGGAACAGGUUAUUGUUGGAUGUACAACCGCUGUCAGAGUUUAUCGAAAGGACCUUUGUUGUUUUUCUACUGAAAUAGGAAUAUCUUAACACUAAAGCACAAACUUAUUUUUUUCUAAGUUUGAUUUACAGAUGUGAGAGUGGCGUUAAGGUUCGGUUGAAAUGAUCAGUUGGAGUAUAGAUAUGCAGUUCCUCUUAACCAUGCUCCUGUUAGUAUGGAAAUAAUAUUUAUACAUCCCCUUUUUCUAGUUCUUAGUUACUGGUGCUGGAUCUGAGACUUUUUUUAGAGAAGUAAUAUAUUGUUGAAAUAUACUUUUAACGGCAGUUUCUUUUAAUACUAAACAUUUUAACAUUGGAAUGCAUUGUUCUUUUUAGGAUAAUUCUCUGUGUGUUGCACAUGUCACUUUGAAUAUAUAUUAUUUUUUUUACCCUCAUAUCUUCAUGUCUUUUCUCUCGGUUACAUCGCUGCUUUGUACUUCAGUUAUUGUGAUUGUUCUUCGUAGAUGUUUUAUUCCCUUGUGCAAUUGCAUGUGUUUGUUAUAAAUAUAGUUCUGAAACUAAUAUUUAUUUGAUGCAUCCUGAGUGCCAUGAAUGCUGUGUUUGUGUUUGGGGACCCAAGUGGUCCCAAAUAAUGAUUGAUUUAAUUGCAUGUUUAGCUUUUUUCUUUCUUAUACCUACACAAAAUAACUGGAGUACUGUAUGGGUUGGUAAAUGUUAAGCUGUAUACCACCCGUUUAUCUUGAGGACAUGUCUGUUUACUGUGAAUUCCUGUCAUGUGAAAAACGCUCGCCACAGUGUUUCUUUGUCUCUUUCUGUUAACCAUGGAGAUAGAAUAAAAAGAGAAAUAUAA